AUGCUGAGCAUGCUGCCUGCCUUGUGCAGAGCACGGGUGCGAGGCCUGAGACGCCUCUCGACGUGGCAGGUGGCCUGUCUCCAGACCAAUGCCGACCACCCCUGCGUCGACUCCUGCCCGUGCUUCAACGAGAAUCAGCCCGCGAGCUGGCCGGCGGAGUUCCGGGUGUCGGAGGAAGUCGUCAAUAGGUAUGCCUCGCGUCAGCCCAAUCCUUUGCGGAUGGAAGAGGUCUUGCAGAUGAAGGACCCAGAGGAGACUGCCAAGAUGCUGAUGACGGAAAUGCCAGUGCGACUUGCUAAUCGUAUUGCACACCUGAGCCAUUUGGAUAUGAUGGAGUCCUGCCCGGCUUUGCUCUGCGCACGAGCGCGGCUGGUCCGCUCCUUCGCCGAGGUGGUUCGGGCUGCCGAUUCCGGUGCUUCCUUGGAGGAAUUCGCCAACACCAUCCGAGCUGUCAAAGAGCGGCACAAGCAUCAGGUCAAGCGCCUCACAGUGGGCACGCAUCACUUGAAGAGGCUCCUGAUCCAGUCAGGAAAGUCCGCAGACGAGGCAAUUGAGGGCAUUGACCAGUUUCUGGAUCGCUUUGUCCUCUCCCGAAUUGGCAUCGAGAUGCUGAACUCCCAGUACUUGUCGCUUUUCACGCAGAGCAGGGGCAUUGCCGACCCGAACUGCGACCCUUGUGCCCUGGCACGGAAGGCUGGCGCCAUCGCGCGGAAGAUUGCCGCCGAGGAGUUUGAGGCCGUCCCAGAGGUGCAGGUCAGCUUCUUUGGCAAAAGGGAUGCCCGGACGCUUCCAUUGGUGCCAUCAUAUUUGCUGUACAUUCUCCUGGAACUGCUGAAGAACAGCGUCCGGGCGGUAGCAGAAAACCACCGCGACAACAAGUCGAAGGAAGCGCCGGUGGACCCCAUCGUGAUCCGCGUCGCCAGCGACGAGGCCCAGGUGGUGCUGGACAUCUUCGACCGUGGCGGUGGCAUCCCGUUUGAGCUGCAGCAGAAGGUUUGGAGCUACAUGUAUUCCACCCGGAGGGGGCCCGUUUCAGCAGACCGAGAGGAUGAGGCCACACCGCUGGCUGGCUUUGGUGUUGGCCUGCCUUUGUCCCGGCUCUAUGCCGAGUACAUUGGUGGCUCACUGCAGCUAAUCAGCAUGCCAAACUUUGGGACGCAUGCCUUUCUAUUCCUGGAAAGGUGCAGCACACGCAAGGAGGGGAUGCCCACAUACGUGAACUGGUUGCGCAAGCGCCAUUUGCUGGAGGAGUUGGUGGAGCUUGAGGUGCGCAAGCGCGCUGCUGCAGAAAUCGAGGACUACGCAGAGGCGGGAAGCGAAUUUGUGUGCAGGACUGGGCUGACUGCCAUCAAGCAGAUGACUGUCACGAAUCUUGCAAGGGGCCAGCUACAUCUGGAAGCCAACAGUUUAGGAUGCCCUUGUUGCAAGAUGCGCAUCUCUCCAAGCUGA